AUGGUAACCAUCGGCUCAUCUAAUGGUUGGGUAGCUACUCAGACUGUCGACGAAGGAAUCUUGCGUCUCCAAGACGAUCUAAACCCAGCUGUAUCGGACACACAUUCGAAACGCAUUCCUCUGCCUCCUCUUGUAACUCUGCCUCGUUGCCAGACUCAAAUCGUCACCAACGUGUCAAUGUCUUCUUCUUCUCCUGAAGAUGAGGACUGUGUUGUGGCUGCCAAGUUCUUGGGACCUCAGCUCAGAUUUUGCAGACCCGGUGAAAGGAACUCCGAGUGGACCAACGUAAGAAUCGAAAACCCCUGUUUCUACUCCUCCCGAGUCAUGUUCUCCAAGAAAGAUGACAUGUUUCGCAUUCCCGGUUCUGGAGGUCACCUCAUCGGAUCAUGGGAUCUCUGCGAACACAUAAAGGAGCCCAAGUUGCAGAGGUUGCGAUUUCAAAACUUUCCCAAGCUGACCAAGACCAAAGGCGACCUUAUGGAUUCGUGUUGCACGACAGACCUCUUGGUGGAGUCAAUAACCACGGGUGAGACUUUCCUGGUUAAGUGGUACAAGAAGACCGCCAAGAUCAUCAAGGGUGUUGCCAAAAUGAAAACACAAGAGUUGAUGGUGUUCAUGCUAGACGAACAAGGGAACGCUGUGUACACUGAAGACAUUGGAGAUCUCUGCAUUUUUCUCUCAAAGUCUGAACCUUUCUGUGUCCCUGCUAGCUCAUUUCCUGGCCUUCUCCCUAACUAUGUUUACAUCUUUGACGUCACGAAAUCGCAUUUGUCAAUCUGGCUGGUUACACCUUCGUUAGUAGAAUUGGUAAAUUCUCGGCCCCUUACCAUAUUCCACCUCAGAAUGUAG